GAGAAGUGGAAACUUGCGGUGUUUGCGGUUUGGCUCUACAGAACAAACGCCAUGAGUGCUUUGCAUUUUCUUUUAUGCUUCGCUUUGAGUUUACUAAUUUCAGACUCUCAUGCACGCAAACGUGUUCCUGAUAUGAUGCCAUCUGGGGUCCGGGUGGGCUCGGAGAAGUACGCCCGGUUACAGGGCUGGUCUUUGGAUACUAACAGCUGGAAUGAGGGGCUCUACCCUUCCAUUAACCACAGAAGGGGCAAGGGGACAAUUGUAGCUCAUCUGACCAAUGACAGCCCUGCUUUGGUAGGAUCAAAUGUAACAUUUACUGCAAGACUCGAGUUUCCCAAAUGCCAGAAGGAAGAUGAAAAUGGAAUCCUUGUGUAUGACAAACACUGCAAAGAUGAUGCUUGGGUUCAACCAGGUGAGUACCUGUACAACUGGACUUCCUGGAUUGAGGAUUAUGGCUUUGGAAACUGCACCAACAAGUUGAAGUGCAACGUGUUUCCAGAUGGGAAGCCCUUCCCUCAGCAUUUAGACUGGAGGAGGAACAGUUAUGUUUAUGUGUGGCAUACCAUGGGUCAGUACUACCAGAAGAAUGAUCGCUCUGUUUCAAGUAUCUCGCUCAACACAACCAACAUCACCCUUGGUGCACAGCUUAUGGAGUUGUCAGUUUAUCGCAAAAGUAAUCGCAGAAAGUAUAGUCCUGCAGCAACUGCAAGUGGCAUCUAUUUUGUUACAGAUCAGAUUCCUUUCAUUGUCAACAUCUCCCAGAAAAACGACCGCAACGCCUCUGACAAUGUCUUCAUGAAGGACUCUGACAUUGUUUUCAACGUCAAACUCCACGACCCCAGCAACUACCUGAAGGCUGCAGAAGUGUCCUACAAGUGGGAUUUCAACGAUGGCAACAAGCUGAUUACUUACAGCCCUGUUGCUACCCAUGCUUACAGCCAACUUGUGAACUACACUGUAAAACUUACAGUGGAAGCAGUCUUCAACGUGCCCUGUGGACCUCCUACUCCUACCCCAACACCUGCAUUUGUUACAUUGCAUCCAGUGACAAUGAUGCCUUUAACGACUACACCUUCGUCCACCAAGGGUACUGAGCCCACAAGUCAGGAGACUGUGACUGCUACUCCCUCCCUUACUACAGAUUCUGCAACCCAGACAACUGCCACCCCUACUACUGAUGCUGUCACCCAGACAACUGUGCCCCCUACCACCAAGGCAGCCUCUACUACCAAGAUUUUCAACCCCAUCACCACUGCCUCCACCUUGGCAACCACCACUGAACUGCGUCUGCUCCAGAGACGACACCAGGGUCCAGAAUGCAAGCUCUACAGAUAUGGAAGCUUCAUAGCUAACCUCAGCAUUGUAGCUGGGAUCGUUGCAGUGGAGAGUGUCAGAACUACAAAAAUUAAGGUUUCUACUGCAUCUGUAACUGACGUCACAGUGGAUUUUUUGGUGAAGUGUAACGGCAGUAUUCCCACAUCUGCUUGCACCAUAAUAUUGGACUCUACAUGCAAGGUAACAAAGAACAUCUUUUGUGAGGAAGUCCCUGCUGCUGACCAGUGCCAGCUGACCCUACAGAGGGCCUUCAAUCAGUCUGGGAUAUUCUGUGUGAACAUUACACUGAGCGACUCUGCCAGUCUAGCACUAGCCAGUACAUAUGUGACUAUUGGACAAGAGACCAAAAACAAUGUGCCCAAAGAGGCUUCUGUCAUAGCUGGUGCUGUCGUCGUCGUGGUGGUGGUUCUUAUUGCAGUAGCAGCUCUUGUUCUCUACAAGCACUACAAGGAAUACAAGGUUGUGAAGGGACAUCCAGGGGAUGGCAGUGUUGGAGUAACUGUCUACUUCAAUCACCUGAAGGUGGCCCUCUCCCCUGGGAAUGAGGAGAGGAACCCACUGCUGCAGGGCAAAACUGAUUGACUGGUCAGAGCCCUACCCUUUACUGUGUUUUCUUUCCUUUUUACACCCCCCCCCCCCCCCCAUCAACAGCUGUUGAUUUGUCUUUUGUAUAGACUGAUUCAUGCAUCCUUAAGUGAGUCUUGUAUAAAGUGUGUUUUUUGUAAGCAAUGGAAUCAAAUGCUUUUGUACUAAAACAUGUUUACUAUUGUGUACCCAAGGCCUUGUCCUUUCUGUUAUUGGUUUUCAUUUAUUUUUAGCCAGGUUCUGCUCUUUUGUUAGUCAAUCAUGUUCCACCCGUUGAAAAAUGUCACCUUAUGGCUGGAGUCGCAUCACAAAACCCUAAUAGGGACACAUCAGUUGUGUUGGAGUUUUUGGCUCCAUUCAGGAGAAGCCAUCAGCAAAGGGGAUCAGAAAUAUGUAUUGUUGCUUUUUAUAGAUCACUAAUUUUUUAUAUUGUCAUUUAAGUUCUAGUUUUAAACAGUGUAUGAUCCUGAAUGUUGUAACUUGUGCUUUGUUAAACAAUCACUUUGCCAGGUAAUAAAUCUCUCAGACAAGGAAUAUAGAAGUUGGAAUGUAAAACGGCACACAGGACUGCCACUCUCUCUGGACAGCUUGUCUGGGAAUUGUGGGAGAGAAAUUAAGUGUCCCUUGUUUGGCUGUAUUUCAAAAGUGCAUCUGUUUCGACUUUCCAGUUCAGUGACCACAUAGCCUCCUGUCUGUGGGCAGCCAGGACUGUAUGUGUCAUCCUGUUUCAGUGGUCACUCAGUCUCUACUUGGUCAGGAUCUGGGCUGAGCUCUUGGCUUGUCAGGGCUUUGUGGUGAUAGGUUUUUGGGUCGCUGUGGUUUAAAGGAACUGGGGCCCGUCGUGAGCUUGUCCUGUAAAUGUUGGUCAUUGGAUGUACAAUCUGUUGGUAAAUUGUAAUUUGUGUGAAAUAUCCAGUGCCACAAUAAAUAUUUAUGCCAGUGAAUGCUA